CAACAAACACGUGGAUACAAAACAAGACGGACUUUGGAAGAAACGUUGAAACAGAAACAGAUACGUGUCGUGAAGCGAAAUGUCGGAGAAAGGAGAAGAAGCAGUAAAGAGUUCUUUAAUGUUUUUGACAGUAUUUGUUCAACAAUUCUCAUUAACGUUUUUCAUUAUUUGUUUUCUGCUCUGUAAAGAAUAAAGUUUCUUAAUUUGUUGUAUGAAUCAUAGAUUUCUCUGCAGAGGCAAAGUUUUCUCUCUUCUUUUUUCGAUUCAUUCUUUUACAAGAUAACAUAAAAAUCACUUCUUUUGUUUGUUUGUUUAUCUAAGUUGAAUUUGAUUUGAUCUCUUUACUGUAGUAUUAGAUAGAGUGAGAGAUUGUAGAAGAAAAUGGGAUCUUCUUCUGGGCAAAGUGGGUAUGAUCUAUCUUUCAAGAUCUUGUUGAUUGGAGAUUCUGGUGUUGGUAAAAGCAGCUUGCUUCUCAGCUUCAUUUCCAGCUCUGUCGAAGAUCUUGCUCCCACCAUUGGUGUUGACUUUAAGAUCAAACAGAUGAAAGUAAGAGGGAAAAGGCUGAAACUUACAAUCUGGGACACAGCUGGACAAGAAAAGUUCAGAACAUUGACAAGUUCUUAUUUCAGAGGCUCCCAAGGAAUCAUUCUCGUUUAUGAUGUCACGAAAAGAGAGACAUUUUUGAACUUGGCAGAUAUUUGGGCUAAAGAGAUUGAGCUAUAUUCGACUAACCAUGACUGCAUUAAGAUGCUCGUUGGCAACAAAGUUGAUAGAGAAUCAGAAAGGAAGGUUAGCCGGGAAGAAGGAAUGGCUCUAGCGAAAGACCUCAAUUGUUUGUUUCAUGAAUGUAGCGCAAGAACCCGAGAAAACGUGAACGGAUGCUUCGAAGAGCUAGCUUUGAAGAUAAUGGAGGUACCUAGUCUUUUGGAAGAAGGAUCAAGCUCUGUGAAGAGAAAACCGGAUUACCGAGCUCAUCAAGGCCGGUGUUGCAGCUCGUGAGUCACCUUGUUAAAAUCGGGUCGGAAGUAGCCUCUUUUGUGUGUAAAUUUCUCAAGAAGCUUGACUUCUCUGUAAAUUUAUCAAUUCCUUCGAUCUUUCUUCUUCUUGCCUCGGCGGAGAUUUUGUAAUAAGUUUGUAACCCCAGAAUAUAUGAAAAAAAGGCACUUCAUGUUCUUAUUAUCUCGUGAUUACUUUUAGUCUGAAAUUUUAUAUCUGUCACAAAACACAGGAACGAGAUAACUCUCUAAUUUCG